GAUUUCCAUCAUUCAAGCUGCCCAGCUAUAUAGGGCCAAGUUGUAGACAGAAAUGACACUUGCGUGAAAAGUACAGGAAACCACUAUUGCUCCGAUUCGAUCCGCACAGCUAGUAGCGCUGCUUUUCACCAGAGAGCCUGAAUACCAUUCACGAUGGCAAAGAGGGCGCGAACAGAAGAGAUGACUGAACCCCCGAGUGAUGACACACCAAGUAAAAGAAUGAGCUCAGUGGCCAAUGUUGAUUUUGACGACAUCUUGAAGGAGAUAGCCAAGGCCCUACACAGAGAUUCAGACAUCGAUGAUCUCGGAAAAGCCUUGGGAUUUGGGCCCGGAGAAAUCGGUCGCAAGACUGCACAAAACGAAAAGCAAGGAGGGAACUAUAUGGGAACAUUGGAUUUGCUCAGGAUGUGGCGAAAUGGACAAACACCUACGACUGAAAAGGCGGCAUUGAGGUCGGCACUAGUAAACGCUCGAUUUGAUAACCUGGCAGACCAAUAUCUAAGCACUCCCGUACCCGGUGACGAUGAGGCGAUGCCUAGUGAAAUGAUGAAGUUAAGAGAACAACUGAAAAGAAGAUAUCGCAAGAAAUUUGGUCAGAUCAAAACAUCGCCUGUGGACUCUCAGUCACGGACAUUGCUUCAGCACAUCUACGUCAGUCUCGUCCUAAUGUUGGGAUUGGAAGGGGAAAAGGAGGAGCCAAUAGAUUAUGAUGGGUUGUUUAAAUUCAUAAAAACUGACACACCGACAGGUUUUGUAACACGAUUAGCUUUCAUUGGAGAAGCUGGUGUAGGGAAAUCAACGCUGUUUGCUAAGAUAGCUCUUGAUUGGGCUGAGGGUAAAAUUCUUCAAGAAAUCAAUCUGCUUUUUCUUGAAUCAUUUCGAGAGAUUAAAGAGAGCGAAUUCUUCGGGGAUACCGUCAUGGCGCAUUUCCCAGAUGACUUAGAAAUAGAAGGAGAACAGGUGGAUGCAUAUGUGAGGAAAAAUCCAAGAAAAGUCCUAAUCUUAUUGGAUGGACUAGACGAGGGACAUAUUGACAUCAAAAAGCCAGACAGCAAUGACGCUAUCGUAUCGAUCGUAAGAGGAGAACGAUUCAUUGAUACCCCAGUUGUCAUCACAACCCGUCCUUUUGGAGCUGAUCAGAUCAAGAGCACCAUGACGAUUAACGACCACUACACGUUUGGUAAGGUUAAGGGCUUCACAAAGGAAAACAUGGCAACAUAUAUUGAAAACUUUUUCAAAGAUGAUUCUCAGUCUGCUUCGACCCAUAUUAACUUCAUUGAUACAAACCAAGUGGUUUCUGAGUACAUGGCACCCUUCCCGAUAUUCUGCUGUAUGAUAUGUUGCCUGUGGAAAACGCCAUCUGGGCGGGAAAAUAUUCAGACAAUGGAAACAUUCUCGCAACUCUUGAAGCGUCUUGUCUUUUCACUUCAAGAGCAAUACUCUUCCAAACGAAAUGAAUUAGAAGAGAGCUAUGGAAGCCGCAUGAACAAAGCUGAUGAAAGUAUGAAAGAGCUUGGUUGUAUCGCAUUUCAAGGUCUGUUGGUUAAACAGCUCAUCUUCGAUGAAAAGGCGCUCGACUCAUGCAUAGAGGCUGCAAGGACUGCAUGCGAGGUCGGGAUUCUUAGCAUGGAAAAAAGGCCAGCACCCUUGCAAAUCAGAGAAAGUCAGCGAAAGCAAUUCAUCCAGGAAUUCUCUUUUCCUCAUAAGUUACUGCAGGAGUACAUAGCAAGUUUUUACCUUGCAUCGCUGUUCCACAAAGAUCGUCAAGAAUUCAACACAAUCCUGGCAAACACUCUCAUAAAAAACUACAAGGAAUUCAGAUAUGUCUUGUACUUCACUGCAGCUAAUGGAGGUGAAGUAGGAAAGUUGGUCCUGGAAACUCUAUGCAAUGAAGAAGGAAAAAGCCAUUGA